GAGACUCUCUCGUUGCGCCGGAAAUCCUUGAUAUAUUGCUAGUGCUACUUCGGAUCGAUCUCCUGUCUCGUUUGAUCGAAUAGCCGGCUUCUCCUGGAAGGCUUGAACCGAAGCUGCAACCUGUAAGGCACCGGUAUGGCUUCACCUUCGCGCAAGAAGCCGUCGUCAUCCUCGUCGGGACGGCGAGACCGCAUCAGCGACCUCCCCGACGACCUGCUGGGCCACGUCCUCUCCUUCCUGCCCACCAAGGAAGCCGGCCGUGCGGCCAUGCUUGGCCGCCGGUGGCGCGACAUCUUCUGCAGCGUCCACACCAUCUCGUCCGAGGAGCGUGAGGGCCAGAGGGCCGGCGACUGGGACACCUACUUCUACGAGGCACAGGAGAGGAGGAGCUGCAGCACUGCGCUCCUCCAGAGCAUCAGCGCCGCGCUCCUCCACCGCCGCCGGCGCCCCGGCCUCAUGGUGCCGCUGCGCAGCUUCCGCUUCGCCUUCGACAGCUACCAUGGGUGGGACAAGGGCGCCGUCGACCAGUGGCUCUUCGAGGUGCUGCGGCAGCGCACCCAAGACCAGGAGCUCCACCUUGACCUGCGCUUCUUCAUCGGCCCCAUCUGUGCACGCGGCAGUGUUAAUGGCGACGACGAAGAAAAAGAGUCGAACGACAAUAAGUCGUGGGGGCAUGUCCUUCCGAGAACGCUCUUCUCCUGUAGAGCCGUGCGGACGAUGUGCCUCAGCUAUUGCAAACUGAAUCUACCCGAGGUCGUCGACCUGCCAUUUCUCGAGACGCUGCGCCUGACCAGCAUACGAGGUGACUCCGAAGAAACCAUCCAAAAACUCAUCUGGAGCUGCCCCCGACUUGCUGACUUGACGCUGGAGGCCAACAACCGUCUGAAAAAACUCACCGUUCUCGACAAACGCCUCCGUAGGUUCGCCCUCCGGUGCUGCCACAACGUGACGCAAGUAAGCAUCGACGCGUCGACGCUAAGAUGCCUAGAAUACAGCGGCUCCGUACCAGAGGAGUCGCUCAUGUCCCUACGCGGCUCACCGGCAGUGUCCUCGUGCACCAUCCGCUUCUGCAAGGUGAGAUCCAAUGAGUCGGAGUUUGUCCGGUUCAGAAAACUCCUUGAGAUAGUCUCGGACUCAAAACACCUGCACCUGCACCACCGUGGCUUGGGCAGUGAAUUCUUCACGGUGUCCCCCUUGUUUGCCAACCUCACGCGGCUUGAGCUACAGGGUCCCAUCGAAAACAGUGACACCGUUGAUACGGUCAAGAGGAUACUGGAGCAGACGCCAAACCUCGAGGUUCUCUCGCUCUACAUGGAGGAGCGGCAGCAGGACGUGGAGAAGCGGAGACGAAGAGAGGAGAAGAUCAGGUACCGACAGCUCUAUGGAAGGGUUGUAGGUGAUGAUCAGGAGGAGUACGACCGGUCCGUGGAUCUUUGCAAUCUCAGAGUUCCCGACAGUUCGUGCUUUUCGUUGCCGUGCCUGCGUCGUCGAUUGAAGGAGAUCAAUAUGGUUAACUACCAGUGUGACGUGCAGCAUAGGGUGUUGGCCAGCCUGCUGUUUCGCAAUGCGCUUGUGCUCGAAAGGAUGUGUGUCGUGUUUGUCAAGGGGCUGUUCGCCGUGCAGGUUGAGCUGAGGAAGGAGAUCGAGAGCUGGGUAGUGGCCAAGCCAGACAAGAGUUUCAUGUAAUUGGAGUAAAUUUUGACCAUGACAUUAUUGAUUACAAGUAGAUUACUUGACAAAUUAAUGAACACGUAGCUUAGUAGUGCAAGUAGAAGCAAGAGAGGAACUCCUAGUCAAGGUUUCGUCUAUGAACGAGUUCUGAUAAAAAAUAAAAAUCUUUUCACGGUUAACUGGGAGUCAUCAAUAAUAUAAAGUCUUGGUUUUGCUAAUUCCCCGUUGGUCCAAAUGAAAGUGCCGCCAAAUGCUCAUAACUUUUGGUGGCGUCAGUAAGAAGUUUAUACCAGGUCGUGCCAUAUUGAAUGAGAGACAUAUUGAACGGAUUCCGUUCUAUCAAUCUUAUGGGUGAAAGGAGACCAUUUGGCAUGUGAUAUUUGAAUGCACUGGGCGAAGCUUUCCUAGCAGGAGCUCAGGGCAAGUCAGUCAAGGUAACAGAAAUUCACCCGAGCUAAUUGGGCCAUUGAUCUCAAAGGCGACCAGGUAUAUGGUGAUGAAGAUGUUGUUAUUUUAUGUGGAGGUUGGGUUGUGUGGUCAGUAGGGAAUGCUAGACACCGCAAAGAGCGGGUUAGAUCGUUUUCCGAGUGGUGAAGUGGACCGCAAAGUAACUCAGGUGUGCGCUCAAAACGUACAGGCGAAAUAACAGGUAACAGAGGAGGGUUAUGCUGAAAAUGAAUGAAUGUGGAUGGCAAGCUAGUUGACCAUUAAAGACAGUAAAACCGCAUCUAAUCCCUGCCCUCUCACGAAUUGAGCGUUCCUGGCCGUUUGAUUUAGUCCAGUGGACAUUCCUGAUCGUUCGAUCAUCCCUUGAUGCUGUGUUUGCCUCGAAAUGGGCUACAUGCUGUAAGGGCAGCUACUCCCAUGACUUUUUUGGAGCCAUGUGGUUAACUGGGCCUCCAUGUUCAGCCCAAUAUCGUGAACGACGCUCGGAGACACAGCGCUCUCGUCUCCGUAAUAUACAAGAAAAAAAAUCGAGAGAGAGGAAAGAAUCACGGGAGGUCGAUACAGAGAGGACGCCGCGGGUGCUGGAUACAGGCGCGAGAGGAUCCAGUCGCGUGCGAGGGAAUCCAUGGCCGGUCGAUCCAGCACCGGGAGAUCGCCAGCGAGGUAGAAAGGGGGUAAUGGCGCCUCAUCUUUUGGAAACUGCUCCGCUUAGACUUCAAACACACAAUUAAUCUUCAGUUUCUAUGCACACAUAGACAGAGAUUGAUGAGGAUGCAGUGCGCGGAGCAGCCGUUUCUACAGAACAUUAAUGCUUUAAUGGAGUGAGGUGCGCCUCAAGACGGAUGGUGGAGGUCAGGUACCUACAUAUGCUCUGUACGGUCACCCAGGUUAUUCUCCCUUCUUCCUCCAGCAGUACUGCAGUAGCAUCCAGAACUACGCUUCUCCACUAUGUCGCCCCUCAUCCUCAAUUUUGAUGCAGAUUUCCCUUUCCCAAUACAAUCCCUUGGCACUCAAUAUACGUACUCUGCUCGGGCUCCUGCUGAUGCUGUUUUCCGCUUUUAAUUUGUUGCAGUUAUUGUCACCCAAGUGUUUGGGAUUGCUUCUGGCUUAUUGGUUCAACAAAUUUCUGUAGGGUGUUUUUGGGGUUACUUUUGUUCUUGAGUUCUAAAACUGAGGAUCCCAA